CUAAAAAUUUUUAAAGAAUAUCUACUACCUUCUCCAUUAUUGAAAUUCUUCAAGUUGUUCUCCUGUAUUUCGCGAAAAUGUGGACUGAGAUAGGAAUUCUGUGUUUUAUCGUAGUAUUAUUCCCUGAUUCUAUUGAAUCAAUGUGGCUAUGCUGUAGUAAACCAAAAACAAAGGAAAAUCUGGUUGAGCUUUGUGCUCGUAAUAUCUAUGAGACGCCAACAGUGAAAAAAAGAAUAAACGCAGGCGCACAUAAAGUAGGAGUGGUAAACAUAGGUGGAACAGAUUACGUCAUUGGAUUGGUGGAAAAACAUGGAACAGAACAGAAGUUGUUUCCAUUCUAUUUUGCAGCAAAUCUAGAAAACUCCCGUGAGGAAAUUUCUAGAAUUAAAAUACGUAUAGAUGAUGUGCGUCGAAAGGCCUACGUGUAUCAACCAAUAAUCCAAUUAGAGACUGAACUACUUGGAUUGUUCUUUAAUCGAUACCCACCGCCCUCAAAAAUUGACCCACGAAAAAUGUCCGAUUUCUACAAAGUUCGGGAAUUGAUAGUGCUCGAAAAUUCUACACCUCUUAUGACUUAUGAGGAGGCCGAAAAGGCUCUUGCCAUGGAACAAGCUAACAUGCAUGCGGCUCAAACUGAGGAAAAGAGGCACAUAUAAGGGGAAAGCGGUACACCCUUGAUUCUAUAGGUAACUCUCUACAUUGCUUUUUCUAGG